AGAAGGGGGAGGCAACUAGUUCCCAUUUCCUUGUUACACUGAAUCUGUAAUGAAUGAUCUCUUAUUAAAUAAUCAACCCUGCAGCUGUUUGUAUUAAGACAUCCAUUCUCUAUAGACAGAUGUCCUGAAUUUUAAGGAAGUGCUUUUAUCAUAUCUCUGCACCUGCUUUUUUAUGGUAUUUAAAGACAUCUAAAGCACAGAUACCACAGGAGAGUGAGCAUGUCCCCUGAUGAACUAACCUACCUGGCAAUCCUUAUUUGUUCAAUACCCGUUGGGUUUCUCUUCAAGAAUGCAAGUCCGCAAGUUAAGCAGUUGGGGGGAGCUGCAGUGGGACUGUUGCUCACACUGAUAACCUGUCAGAUACACGUCCUGCACUCUGUUGUAACUAUCAUAGGGAUAUGGCUCAUCCUAAAGCUUUCACCCAGGUCUUGUCACUUCCUCGCCCUCGGCUGGACGUUCACCUACUUGCUCUUCUUCAGGACUGUGACCUACUUUGGGAUUCCAGUACCAACUCCCUUCACUAAUGCGGUGCAGCUUCUCCUAACAUUAAAACUUGUGAGUUUGGCAAAUGAGGUACAAGAGUUUUGUCGAUCAAAGAAACAAGAAAUGACAUCGUUUUCAAAGCAUUCUGUGGUUGGUGUAAUUCCCAGUAUCCCAAGCCUGGCUGAAAUCUUCUUCUAUAGCUAUUGUUAUGUUGGUUUAAUGACAGGUCCCUUUUAUCGCUAUAAAACAUACUACGACUGGCUACACCAACUUGACUCUCCAUCCAUCCCAAGCUGGAAACCUCUAAUAACCCGGUUGAAGCCAGCACCCGUUUUUGGAGUCCUUUUUCUUUUAGUUUCAUAUUACUUCCCUUUGGAUUAUGUUAAGACAGAUGAGUUCUAUGAUAGUGCUUUUUUAUUUCGACUGUUCUAUAUGGUUCCCAUCUUCUUCGUGUUUCGAAUGAGAUUCUAUGUAGCCUGGAUUUUUUCAGAAUGUGGCUGCAUUGCAGCGGCUUUUGGUGCCUACCCUGUGGCAGCAAAAUCUCGUUCUGGUGGGGGCCCAACUGUGGAAUAUUCUGUUUUGGAAAGAAACACAGAUGGUUCAAAGGUGGAACAACAGUAUGACUAUGAGACUGUAAAAAACAUUGACUGCUACGGUACAGAUUUUUGUGUCAAAGUAAAAGAUGGGAUGCGCUAUUGGAAUAUGAGUGUGCAAUGGUGGCUGGCACAAUACAUUUACAAAAACUCUCCAGUCAAGUCUUUUGUGUUUGGGAAUGCUUGGACUAUGCUUAUCAGUGCUUAUUGGCAUGGAAUCCACCCUGGUUACUACUUGAGCUUUUUAACAAUUCCCUUAUGCUUGGCAUCAGAAGGGGCAAUGGAGUUUGGCCUGAGGCGCCGCCUCUCUGAUUCAGGAAAAAUGGUGUUUGAUUGGGUACAUUGGUUUCUCAAGAUGAGAGCCUAUGACUAUAUGUGCAUGGGCUUUGUGCUGCUCACAUUCUCCGACACCGUACGCUACUGGCGCUCCAUCUACUUCUUGAUCCACGUGGUAGCUGUGUUCAUACUUAUCACAGGAUGGAUAUUGUCAUUAAACGCUCCUCGCAGUCCCAAAAGUAGACAAGAGAAGGCCGAGAUUAAACCAGAGAGUCCACAACAGGAAACAAAGCAAGAAAAUAUGAAGCAAUUCUAGAAAUAAUGUUUUAAUGGGAAAAAAACUCAGAAAUCUGAAUUAUAAACUGGAUUAAAGGGUAUAAACAAAACCGUCAUGUUAUCUGCUUUAAAAACUGAACUAUAAAAAAUAAACGAAAGCAUUUUUAAAUAAUUGGAAUGGGGAGAAUAGGUCCUAAAGUAUUUUGUCACCUUCUCCUUCCGCUGUGUUUUUGUGUACGUGCUUCUUUGGUAAAAGUAUUGAUAGCAGUUUGAGUUCUUCGCUUGACUACAUAAGUAUUAUUUGCCAAAUGUCAUUCUCUGCUGUGUGUGCUACACUGGGCCACUUCACCUCCUAUAGUAUCAACAGAAAACUAUAUCGGCACUGUGGUUGUCCCCGACCUUAAGUAACUUGUAAUAUACGCUCAUGCUUCAUAUGUAAGAGUUUUAGUUGUGCAUUGAACCCUUCAAUAGAAAUUUUGUUGCGUUUUUAUUCUGUUAGAUACCUAUCGAUUUCCCCUAACAAAAGAAAACAUUGAUAAAACAAUUGCCUUAAACAGUAAACAGGAUUAGUACGUUUUGAAUUUGGAGCUUUAUUUUAUUUUUCUGGAAGCUGCAAAUUGAAAUUUCCUUAUUGUACUGGAAAAUGUCUAUCACAGUGUAAAAAGCUAUAUAAUGAAAAGAGCAUGAUUCUGGGAAACCACAGAUCAUUGUAUGUAGCAAAUUACUGCUGGACUAGAAUAAUUCUCUGAUAAAGUAAUUUCAUGGAAUAUUUUGCACAGUGAUUACUUUUUUAUAUAAAAUAUAUAUAUUACAAAUAAACAAGUAUUUUGUCUGA